ACACACACACACUGAAACACACACACGCACUGAGCCCCAGAAACGCACAGUGACUAGUGCGCGUCAGUAUCCGUCGGUGCAGGAGUAAAGUGUGAACACAGCGACUGAUCGGAAACAUUCACACAACAGAAAAGGACACUGCUACAGGAACAGAGAUCAGAAGUAACUUAGAACAAAGGUGCAUCACAAAGUUGCAAAGGAACCUUAUAAAUCCACAACCUCAUCCAUUCCAGUGUUUCAACAGAGAGCAGAGAAUGAAACUUGUGUGGCUGGUGAUUCUGCUCCUGACAGGCUGCAGCUGGGCUUCCCGUUUCAGUCGCGACUCAACCAAAGUUGGGCUCGGCAGUGUUCCCAAUCAGGAGGUAGAGAGCACAGCCUGGAAUGGCUCCAGUGCAGAGCAGGCUGGGUCAAGGAACUCGCCCAGUAUCCCAUUCCCACCUAUGUGUGUCAGGCCCAGUGAGAUCAAGCACACAUUUAAAUACAUCAACACCGUCAUAUCCUGCAUAAUUUUUGUGGUAGGCAUCAUCGGAAACUCAACACUGCUGCGUAUCAUCUACAAGAACAAGUGCAUGAGGAAUGGACCGAAUGUGCUCAUUGGCAGCUUAGCUUUAGGAGAUCUUCUCUACAUACUCAUUGCCAUCCCUAUCAAUGUGUUUAAGCUGCUUGCAGAAGACUGGCCUUUUGGUGUGUGCAUCUGCAAGCUCAUGCCAUUCAUCCAAAAAGCCUCAGUGGGCAUCACAGUUCUUAGCUUGUGCGCACUCAGUAUUGACAGAUAUCAUGCUGUGACCUCAUGGAGCCGGGUGAAGGGAAUGGGGAUUCCAUUAUGGAAAGCUGUGGAAGUAACCCUAAUCUGGCUGCUAGCGGUGAUCCUAGCAGUGCCCGAGGCUUUGGCCUUUGACAUAAUGGAGACAUUUUACAGAGGCCAGAAACUGCGGGUGUGCUUGCUCCAUCCUGUACAGACCACACAGUUCCUGCAGUUUUAUCAGGAUAUAAAGGACUGGUGGCUGUUUGCCUUUUACUUCUGUUUACCGCUGGCCUGCACUGGUGUCUUCUACACCCUCAUGUCAUGUGAGAUGCUGAAAAGGAAAAAAGGAAUGCGCAUUGCUCUCAAUGAUCAUAUGAAGCAGCGACGGGAAGUGGCUAAAACUGUAUUCUGCCUCGUGGUAGUCUUCGCUCUCUGCUGGCUGCCCCUGCACCUCAGCCGCAUCCUGAAAAAGACAAUCUACAAUCCGAAUGACCCCAACCGCUGUGAGCUCCUAAGCUUCCUUCUUGUGAUGGACUACAUUGGAAUCAAUAUGGCCUCCCUCAACUCAUGCAUCAACCCUGUGGCUCUAUACUUUGUCAGCCAAAAGUUCAAAAAUUGUUUCAAGUCAUGCCUCUGUUGCUGGUGCCAGAGAAUCUCUCCAGGCAUCGAACAUGGCUCAGGAUUCCGCUGGAAAGGGUCAAGUCUUGGUAAUGGUCUGGAUCGGUCCAGCUCGAGGUCUAGUCAGAAGUACAGUUCCUCCUAAUUACUCCAUGAAACCUGAGGUUUCUUAGCAGCAAUCAGGUUUGCCCUCUGUACCACAUCAUUGAUUCCCAUCAUUCCUGCUGACUCAAAAUCUCAUCAAACUUCCACUCCAAAACUACAGUGUGGACCAGAACAGCUGAGACGAGUCACCAAAUCACUUCUCUUCAAUAAGAUUUCCAGCACAAUGUACAAAUUUACAGGUUAAAUCACAGACUGGCUAAACAUUGUAAGCUAUCCGUCACUUAUGGCCCAUGCAGGCUGGAUCCUGGAGCUCUGAAAAUAGUAUUGCCACCGGAUGGCUACACUUUAGGGGACUUUAGCAGCUCAUGAUGAGUGAAAUACUGAGAUUGCACUGAAGUGAGAGUAAAGCUCUAUUCGUUGCUGGUGUCCAUCUUUACAUUAGUUAAAGCUUAGGAACUUUUAUAAAUCUAAUGAAGUGUUGCUGGUGGAACAGUACAGAUGGUGUGCCAUAAUCAGUAAUAAAAGAAAGCAAUGUUAAAAUGCUAUUUGUAACAGUGCGAUAAAUGGCACAAGCUGUAAUAUUAACAUAUUUUAGGACUCUAUAGUGUGAUGAACAGGACUCUGCAUUGAUCAUCUGCAUCAUCUCAUCUACUGUGUAAUUGAUUUGCCUAAUUUUAAAGGAAAUGUUUAAACUACUGAUUAUAAAAAUGGUACAUCUUUCUGACUUCUUUCAAUCGUGGGAUUCCAGUGAAAUCAUCACUAAUGAAACCACCAUGCUAUUAUUACUUUGAUUUAGAGUAAAACACUGACACCUCCUAAGUUAAAAGAUAAAUGACAUCCAUAUUCGUAUUUCUGUAUUUGUAUGUAGUUUAUGUACAUGUUCACAACUCAUGUCAAAUUGAAAAUGCACUGUUUUAAUACUUUUUUUUUGUCCAAGAGAUGCUAACCUCUGGUUAAGCCAUGGCUUUUACAAUUUGUGAAUCAUUGCUACAGUGAUAUGGGACACUGACGACAAGACGACAACUUUUUUUAAGCAAAAGCAUCAGUCAGACCAAAGGCGAAAAAAUAACCUCCCAGCAGAAAAGCCAUCAGUGAAUAGGAACUGAUGCAGGAUGGUGGAUCAUUUGCUUCUUGUAGCGGUUACUUUCGCUCUUGCCUACAUUAUCUAGGUGAACGUUGUCCUACAAAUUCAUGAACGUCUGUGUAGUGAGAAAGAAAAAAGUAAUCAGGACUGAGGUCUUUUUUGGUCUCACAUAAAAAUGGCAGAGCUGCUUUUUAUUACACAAGAGUCAUACUGAACAUUGAGCCGACUAGUCUCUUACCGCACAUAUGGAAAAAGUUAGUUAGCUAGCUAAUGCUAUCCCUGCUGUCUGUCCAAAAUCACCCACAUUGAUCUGUCAAAGCGUAACUCAAUGAAUACAUUCAUACUGGUUCAUAGGUUCUCAGACUAAGAAUACAAGUUCAAGUAUUUCCUGAGGAGGUAGAGCUUUCACCUAUCGUUUAAAGGCAGCCAGUGACUCGGAUGUUUUGACAUCUAUGAAACGUUCCUUCCACCACCUCGAUGCCAGAACAGAAACGUUGAGAUGCACACCUACCUUGUACUACUGCAUGGGACUUGACAAUAUUAUGUGAUCAUUCGUCCUACCAAAAGGAAAUUAAAAUAAAAUCAUGUCAAAUGUACGUCAAAAGGUGGAACUGUGCUUUCGCACUUCUGUAUGAACAGAAGAAACAGCUUGAUUUGUAUUGCAUUUAAUAAAUUCUUUUAUUAUGUAGGCUAUAAUAUUCAUUAUAAUUUUAAUUUCAUUUUAAAACUUAAUAAGGAUUAUAUUUUUUAUUCCAUACAUACCACAUUUUUGCUAUUUCCAACUCUAAUACUAGUCUGAAUUAACAUGUCUUAAUUUUUCUAAACUGUUCUAUAUUAUUUUCAGAUAUUUGAUAUAUUUACUUUUUCCUAUUGUGUAAAUUUUCAUUCCUUCUAAAAGGGUUUUAUUUUCCAUUAUUAACAAUGCUUUUAUAUUGUACCUACUAAUUGGCAAAUAUGCUGCAAUAAAUGCUAUUUUAUCA